AUGGUGUCUCUACGGGUGACAACGCUGCUACUGUCACUCGCUUCUUUCGCUUUGGCUCAAAGCACCAAUGGACUUUGUUCCGUCACUGCGAGCACAACUUCUUACACAGACUCCUGCGGUCAACAAUACACAGUCUAUUGUUCAGCUGACAGUUCGCCUGGCUCGUAUGCAUCCCUCAACAAUGUUCCUGACUUUGCCACUUGUAUGAGUUACUGCAGCGCGGCUGGACCAAAAACAUGUACCACAGUCACUUACGUCGGCACAACCUGUUAUCUGAAGCAGAGUUUUAGCAACAUCGUCCGACCAUCAGGCGGCAAUACUGCCACAAUCUAUUACCCACCACCCGCAUACCCUGCACCUGUUGCAAAUGGACAAUACAGAAGCUCCGGUUGUGGUACGCCAUUGAACUCUGCAAUCAGUCCCGGUGGAGCUAGCUCAGUCUUCUACGGCAAUGGAUCCGACGGUUAUCUGCACAGCUACAACGUGCACGUGCCGUCUGGCUACGAUCCCAACUCAGCAGCGCCAUUGAUCUUGGUCUUCCACGGAAGAGGUGAUAGUGGUUCUGCCGUAGAAAGCGGGACUGGCUUCUCGCUUGGGAGAAUCAACCCCUACGGUAUUGCGGUUUAUCCCACGGCCAUCAAGGAUUCAACUGGUCAACCUACGUGGCAGGGAGAUCCGAGUUGGGUUGGCAACUCAACCAUCAACGAUCUGAACUUCGUCAGAACCCUGGUCGCCAACAUCUCGUCUCAAUAUUGCAUUGACACAAGCCGUAUCUUUGCUGCUGGUUUCAGCAACGGUGGUGGACUUGUGAAUGUGCUGGCUUGCGAUCCGACCAUGUCAACAGUGUUCAAUGCAUUUGCGCCUCACUCGGGAGCCUACUACACGCAGACAGGCGACUCGAAUACCGUGUGUUUCCCAAAUACAGUUCUGACCAACGAUCUUGUUCACAGCACUUGCAGCCCUUCGGGACGUGUACCGAUGAUCGAGUUCCACGGUGAUGGUGAUGGAACGAUUCCAUACUUCGGAGGCGGCCGUAGAGGGUACUGUUUGCCCGCCAUUCCUCACUGGGCUCAAGAUUGGGCCACACGCAACAGCUUGACGACUGACAAUACCACUACCGUGACUAACAAUGGCACCGUGACCAAAGCCGAAUUUGGAUCUUCUAGUGGACUUCUCGGUCUUGUUACACAAUUCCGCCUCGCAAACUGGCCGCAUCAGUACUCUCUUGGAAGCAAUGGUGGGCCUAUCGACGCGGCGGCAUUCUCGAUGGAUUUCUUCUACAGAUGGACCAAUCCGGCUGGUCCAAGUAUGGACUAUCUAUCAUCAAUCUAUGCUUCGACCACAAGUGCUAGGGUCAUCUCCUGCCCUUCCACGCUUACCAUAACCACCACAACAACUACAAGCACCAGCACGAGUUCUAGCACAGUCACCACGACUACCUCCAGCAGUAGCUCUAGCACUCCAGCCAUCACUCCGGCGAGCUCCCUAACUACGGCGAUCACGGUUUCUGGCAGUGGAACUCCGGUCACUUCUGCGUCGGCUGUGUCCGCUAAUGGAGUCAGCACAAGUCUGAACGGAUAUCCAGUAUACACCACGACACCAAGUUGCCCUGGCAGUAAUGGAACGUACUACUAUGAUCCAUAUACUGGCACUGGUGUCCCCAACGGUCUCUACUACUUUAUCAUGUGUGGAUACGAUCUCCUCAGUGGAGCAAACACUAAUUUUGCUGCGACGACGUGGCAGCAAUGCUUUGCUAUUUGCGACGGUUACCCGACCUGUACCUCCUUCACCUUCCAUCAAGGCACCUGCUUUAUCAAACGCGUGAACUCGCCGUACACUUAUUCGGGUGGUGACUUCGUUCAAGCAUCACAAAAUCCUGUCAGAGGCAAUCUGGUGACUGUGACUCCAGGUGCUACUACAGCUGGAGGCGUCUCUACUACAAGUACGUCACUCGCACCAGCGAUCUCUCAGGCGACCUAUUCCUGCCCAGCCAAUGACGAGCAGCGAAUUACCGACGUCAAUGGCUAUAUUUACACUCUUGGUUGCGGUAACGACACUACUGGAGGUGGCACUUUGGCUAGUGGCGGCAGAAGCUUCAACGACUCUCAAUAA